GAAACAUUUUUUGGAUGUUUCGGCGUUCUUUCCCUUGAAGUAUGAGUCGACCUGACUAAAAAUCGGAAACAAAGAUUAGAUUGAAAAGGCAUCGUUUGGAUGCAUAUCGCCCGAAUCAGGUUGGCUACACUUGUCAUGACGAUAGUUCGUGUAUGUACAUCACAAAAUAUAAAUGCAAGUUUUGACGAGCGAGAGUUGGAAUAAGACUUAAAAUAAAACUGCCAAUAAUGAACUCAUGUUAUGACUGUUAAUUAUUACCUCUGUUGGAACAACGUUAUUUCUAGACUCCAUUUAUCUACAUAUACAAACAGUUGUAUGUCUCACUAAUGAGACCGAAAGACAUUAUUGCAGACGCAACACAUCGAGUUACACUUGUUGCUGCAAACUUGCGUUAUGAGUUUUAUACCUCAUGUUUGAUAUUUUCCCUUUAACUUUAAUUAUUAAAAAUGUUCAUGUAGAUAACUUGAGACGAGCCCUUCUCUUAUUUCACCUUUCAGUUUCUCUUCUCGUUUACGGUAUGUGUUAUGAGAGCAAGAGUUUCUAUUUAAGUAUUUGUAGUGCAUAGAUUUUUCAAAUUCGAGAUCGUAUAUUUGACAUAAAUAAAAUUGCCAGGACAGUGCGAAAUAUCAUUUUUUCGUAAAAGGAAUAUAAGCAUACGAAUUUUCUUGUCUUGGUCCGGAGAUUAUUCCGUGCUGAGAAUCAAUUUUUAGUUUUGAAUUAAAUUUUGGUUGCGUAUGGUUUCGUAAGUAAUCACAAUCGUACAUCAUUUUCCCCUUGAUACACGUGGAAAAAUCUGAUUCGAUGUUUACGCUGUCUUUCCUGAAUAAAUAUAACCAACACGAGUGACGAAUAAACACGCCUCAGGUUUUGCUGUUGAACCAAUGUGAAAAUUUCUGUUUGUAACUUGUUCGUAAUCAGUAUUCCAUUAUGAGGUUAUGUGUUGUGUUUGCUGUGCUGUGUUUCGUGGAAGCCGUCAUCGGACAAUUUGCAACCGUGCGAAUGAAGAGUGCCGCAGUGAAAGAUGACGAAGAAGACGAUGCUUUUGUAGCCACUGAAGAAUGGCAAACAGUGAAAAAAGGCCAGUCUGUACCAAGUGGGCUUCAUGUGAGACUAAAUCUGGAGACAGGAGAGACAGAAGCGAAACUUCUUGAUCCAAGUGAGAGACCAGGGGCUACUGCUGUUGCACCUGUAUAUGAUGAAGCAGCUAAGGAUGAAAACUCUGAUAUUACUGAAAAUAAAGAACGAAUUAGGGAGUCUAUUUUGAAUAUAGAAAGUGUUGAAGAUUCUAUAACAACAGAAGAGGACAUUGAACGAGUGCGGAAGAGAUUUAGAUCCUAUGAUGAAUUGAAAAAGAAAUUUGAAGAAUUAAACUUGAAUAUAAAAACUGAUCUAGAAUUAUUGAAUGAGUUGCUUGUAAAGUUCAAAGCAAGGGAAUUGAAAGAGGAUGAAGGUGAAGAUGAAUUACUAGCCAUUUUGACUGAUCUAGAAUAUAUGGUACACCAAGUGGACAAUGCAAAGGAGUUUGUUCAAGCAGGAGGGAUUUUGGAGAUACUGCCAUUGCUGAAUGCCACCUCUCCGCGACUACGUUCAGUCGCAGCACACUUACUGGGCUCAGCAGCGCAGAGCAAUCCUAGAGUGCAGAUUGCUCUGCUAGAGGCAGGUGCACUUCCAGCACUCGUUCGUGCUGUUGCACUAGACUCGGAUCCCACAGUUCGUUCUCGUGCACUGUUUGCCUUAUCUUGCCUUAUUCGCAAUUUUCCAAUUGCUCAGGCACAGUUUGUAACUGAAGGAGGUUUGUCAGGUCUUGCAGAAUUGUUUGCUGGUGGUGAUAGCCAUGACAAACUAAAACUCCAGCUGAAGGUUGCAACUCUGCUGCAAGAUCUACUGCAAGAGCGUACCGAUGCUCUUAUGGCUGAAGAUAAACAGAGAGAAGAACGAAUAAGGCAGUAUGAACAAGCUGGUUUGGAGGCUCAUCUCUCAGAACAAGGCUGGUGCCGGAGGGUUGUCCAGUUGCUAGCAAGUCAGGCUCAAGUUCCUGCAGAAGGCUUCAAUAAGGUUCGGCGGGAUGACUUCAGUUCUGCAGUAUCCCAGGAAGUGCCUGUUUUAACACACCAUGAUGCUGUAGAGAAGGCCGCAGGCGCAGUGCUUGCAUUGGCACGAGGACCAUGUCAGAAAGAAUAUCGUGGAAACAGUCGCCUAAUUUCAGUAAUUAAUGAACUCCGUGUGUGGUACAGUGAACUAGCGUCACGAGAGACACAGCCAGAUGGACAGUACUUCUCUGGUCUUUUUGAGCUUUUUGAUCAACUUAGUAUUGAAGUUGGAAUCAGAACUGGACCUAAAGAUGAACUUUGACUGUGAUUGAGUGUGAAAUAAAUUGUGCAUUAUAUGAAAGUUCCUAGGACAUGGUUCAUAAUCUUAUGAUUUUUUUGUGUGUAUGUAUUUGUAUAAAUAGUAUGUGGACUUUUGUGAUUAAAUUUGAGACUUGAUCCGCAUACAAAACAACAAAGGGACACCUUGCUUAGUGGAGAUUGUUUUGAAUGGAAAUAGUGUUUGUGGAAGUAUGUUGAAGUCAUUUUUGAAAAUUUGAGAUGUAUUUACUUUUUGUAGUUUGUGCAGCUAAUAAUUUUAAAUUUAUUUUUGAAGGGAGAACUAAGCUUUUUCAUUUUGAGGACUGGUGAAUGGAGUACUGCAUUCAUUGAAAAAAGACAUUUCAAAACAGGCAGUUUUGAGAGAAUGGGUAGAACCAAUUAUGAGCAACUUUGAAUCCUGAGCCCAUAUUUGUUAAUUUUUUUAUCACAACAGAAAGAUAUAGCACACUCAAGUUGGAACAAUAGCAACAUAUUAUUGCAGGUAUGUGUGUAUUAUAUGCACAAUAUAACUUUGCAGUUUUCAUGAGAAAUGUCGGUAGUGUAACCAGGUGAUUGUUUCCUACCUCAUGGACUGCUGCAGAGGAGGAGAGAAGAGUGAGGAACAGGACCUGCCUCCUCAUCACAGGAUAAUCAACACACUGCAUCCAAUGUUGCAUACACAGUGCCUGUUACAGUGCUGUAGUGCACUGCAUUGUUUCAGAACGAUCUGUAUCGGUCUGAAGUCAUCCAGCAUCCACAGAUUCCUCUGCUCUCAAGAAAGUCCCAAGUCUUAGUGUGUGAUUGUAGUAACUCCAUGAAAUCCAGUCCUUGCCCUGCAAUGAGUGCUUUGAAGUGUUAUUGCUGUAUGGGAAGCAAGACAAAACACUUCAAGAGUUCGAUGCCUGUAAUAUAUGCAAAAUUAUGAGACUUUGUUGCAUCCCAGGAAAUAAGGGGGAGGUGGAAAUUUGUGUGAAUUUCCUAUUGUAUGUCAUUCACAUAUCUGCUUAUUUUGAGCUCAUGCUUUGGCCAAUUUUGAAUUAAGAACAAUGUUAAUGACCAUGUAAAUAAAUAUUGCUGUGGUGCAGUUAAAAGCAAGCGAAAA